AUGGUAUGUUUUGCACCGUUUGAGUUCUCAAUUACAGUUUUUGAACGAAAGUUUUACUGACAAGGAGCCUCCAGGUGAACAAGAGUACAUUGAAAAACCAAUUCUGCGAGCUUACGGGAACUUCACUAUCGACAGCAGCGAGGUAUAUGGACCAGGCAGACUACAAUAUAGCUCAAGCAGUCGACUUAUACUACAACAAACAUCCGAGCCAUGCGCCACUCCAUGCUUCAGCUAAACCAAGCAGUAAUUCUUACAGUGCCAAAUUAGUUGCCAUUUACGACAAAUACAAGGAUGUUGAUAACAACGAGAUUAUAGAUAUAGAAGGCACGAUUAGAUAUCUUGAGGACUUGAAAAUCGAUCCCGACAACGCCAGGGCUUUGUCGUUGGCGUUUUUGUUGAAUUCGAAGAAAACGGGAGUUUUCCAACGAGAUUGCUUUUUGCAAGUAUGGCUGAAGUAUAAAAUCGAGACCCUAUCAGCAAUGUCGAGUUUUAUAACCAAGUUUCAUAACGAUAUAUGCUAUAACCGUGGAGAAUACUAUGAUCUUGCCGGGAACUCACUUCGGUUUAAAAAGUUGUAUGAUUUCACUUUUGGCUUUCUCGUUGAAUCUGAAGGUCAAAAAGUUUUGGAUUUGGAGAUUGCUACUGGGUACUGGCAGUUGCUUCUCCCCAUUGUUGUUGAUGCUCAUCUUGAGAACCAGCAGGUGGGCGAAGAAAAAGAGUCCAUCAGGGCCAAAGUUGACGAACGGAUUAUGCAAUGGGUUGAGUUUCUCAAUUCGAAACCGAGAAAAGUCAUUUCGUUUGACACCUGGUCGAUGUUUUUGCCAUUUUUCCAAGAGGUGGUCUUGUCCGAUCCCUGGAAGUUCAGUGGGUAUGAUGAGAUGGCAGCUUGGCCCAGUAAGAUUGACGAAUAUAUAGAGCAUUUGUACGAUAACGACUUGCUACAAAACAAGGAGUACUAA